AUUGCUCUGUGCUUGCUUCGCGCCUCUCUUGAUGGCUCAAAGCCGGAGGGCCGAGGGGGUGAAGGAACGCCUCCCAAACUCCGUGGACAAUGAAGUGGACGGCAGUCGCAGUAGCUCUAGUGUGUAUCGUGGAAGGCAACCGACUGAAGACAGUACGACCCUCACCAUGGGCUGAGUCCAGCGGUCCUUUGGUGAAGGGCAUUUGGAAAGACUCGCAAGCAGGUAAUGGCACAGCCGGAAACGCAUGUAGCCCAAAGUGCCUUUGGAAAUGUCUUGGCACGGCGAGCUGUCAGGAGGUGUGUGAGCCUGUCUGUGCACCUCCAAAGUGUCAGACAAGCUGCCGACCAGUCAAUCCUGGCAAGUGUGUGCAGAAAUGCGAAGCCCCGCGUUGUGCGGUGAUCUGCCCGGAGAAGCACUGCGAGAACGGUGAGAAUUGUGGGCAGUGCAAGACAGUUUGUGGAGAGCCAGUCUGUCAUGUGGACUGCCAGCAGGAUUGCCAAACCGACUGUGCUGAUCCAAUGUGCGAGUGGAAGUGCAAGCCAACGGAGCAAUGCCCACAGCCGAAAUGUGAGCUGCGCUGUGGUAUGCCACCGGACUGCCAGUCCCACGCCGGGGCAUGGCAAGGCGAAGGUGUGCUGAAGGUUCCAGUGGGUGCCACUGUGGUGGCCAGAGGACUUGCCAGUUUGGAUCCUCAAGCUUUCGAGGCGGUGGCAGCACCCGCGCCUGCAACUGCUCCCGUCCUUUCACCAGCAGCCGCGUGAGACAAAUGAUCGCACAGACUGUAAAA